GAAAUUACAGAAACAAAAAAAUGGUCCAGUGUUGUGUUUUGUUUUGAUAACUUUUUUGUUUACUCGUAUAAAAUAUCACAGAAGGGCUUAAAAAUUUCAUGAUUGAAGCGCUGAAGGGUAGAGAUGAAGUUGAAUACUGCGCGCGCAUCCUUGGGUCUAUAAUUUGUCGGUAAAACAGUGGACUGUAUUGAAAAUACGUCGAUUAUCCUGCGGUCCGAUUAGGCGAACGAGAUGAUUUUUAACCGAUAGUUUAAACAGUGGAAAUACGUACAAUAUCGCCAGAAAACCUUGCUAGUAUUACUCAGGUCGUAAAUGUUUACAAUUCUCAAGCAAAAUCAUCUGAAAACAACUAAAAUUGAAGUCAAAUAAGAGCCUUACAAAAUGGAUGCAGAACCUAAAAGAAAACAAGUGAGCCCUGAACAACUAACAGCCCUGUUAGAAUUUCUCAAAGAACAUGAAGACUUGGCUAGGGGUCUGACCAGAGGGCGCCGACGUCGGGGCAAGUUCCACACUGUGAAGGUCUGGAACACGUGUGCUAAGAAGCUAAAUGCCAUCAAAAAUGGUGCAUUAAAGGAUGGGAAGGGCUGGUCUAAGUAUUGGUGUGACUGGAAGUAUAGAGUGAGGCGACGAGCAUUGGAGUUCAAGGCUGCCAAAGAUGGAGACCGGCCACUGCCGGAAGGCAUUCUACCAUUGUCACAGAUGGAAGAGAGUAUAAUGACUCUCAUUGGAGACAGCGCUGUUGAUGGUGUGGUGAUCAUGAAUGAUCCAUUGUCUGAAGAGGGCUUCGAUGAACAUUAUGCAGUGCAUGCAGAUGGCAGUCCUAUUGACCAGUAUUAUGAUCCUACGGAGCCAUCAGCCAGACGUAAAAGGCAGAAAACAUCAAAUGAUAAUGGGGCUGGUCCAAGCAGUCCCCCUGACAGGAAACCAACUAUAGAUGUGGCUCCAAGUGGAGAUAUGAAAGGCUUAGCUACCGGUACGCGAUCGAAGCGACGAAGAAAGCACCGCUCACCGGUCAACUCAGACAUGGAAUACGACGCAUCAGGUAGCAACUCUAGUUCCAAGCCUGAAGGUGGGACGAGACAUGAACAAUCCGUUGAUUCAGAGUGUGACGACAAAGCCUCAGCAUUCCUGUCCAUUGAACGGGAGAAAGUAUUUGGUACGAGCAAGAUUAUAACCACCCUGGAGAUGAUACACACUGAGAUUGCGCGACUGACGUCUGUCAUGGCGGACAUUAAAGACUGCUUAGUUACCAAUUACCGGCAGAUAAGUGUCACUUGAACUCAUUUAUUAUUAUAAUUCAAACAUGUAGCUUGUUUUCAAUGUUCAAUGUUAACUUAUAGUGAUUGUUUGUGGUGGGGGAGCCCUUCAGCAACUUUCAUGAUUCACACAAGGUAGCUGAUUAAGCAUCCAGGUUAGGUGUAUCUGUAUACAGUAUAUUAACCACUUGUAUGUCGGUAUAUAAGACACAAUAGAAAACACAUUGUGUCUCGCGUAGAUCUGCGUUCCGACAGACAACGGGUUAAUCCAGAAGUAACCAGAUCAAAGUAUAUCCUUGGAUAGUUAUUUGAAUUAAUAUUGUCAAUUUCACCAUUAACAUAAGUUAAUCUAUACCUAUAGCAUCUCUCUAUUAUGGCAUAAGACACAAUUACGGAGCUCCCCUACAAGUGCACAAUAUAAUAUAAAAUAAAUGUCGAUGUUGGGAUUAGUUUUCAAUAAAUAAUUAAUUCAACCAAUCAAAAUAUUUCGCUUUUAUGUGUAAGUAAAAUGCUCAAAAACAAAGUAGUACAACCACUAUAACAUGUGGAGUGAGUGAGAUAGAUGCAUAAAACGAAUGGAAAGGAAAGAGAUAGCAUUUUUUAUAUUUGUACAUUUUAAAGUGGUUGAACUAUUCUAUGCACACUGUUCUAAUUAAAAGUUUUAGAAGAUGCGAAUUUUCGUACUUGAAUCAAUGUGAUAUUUUUUUGUUAUUUAUUUUAUAUGAUAAGUACUUAGAUAGACUUAGGUAGCGUUAAUAAUAUUUAUGAUUAUUCUGUAAUUUUGGUUAAAAUUUUACUUGGAUUUUCUGUUAUUUACUUAGAUGUGUGAAAUCGGAUAAUUAUGUUGUAUUAUUGACAAAUUAUUUCUUAAAUUUAAUUAUUGUAGUAUCACAGAAAGUUUAUAAUAUGUCUGACUAAUAAAUAAAUAGAUAAAUAAAUUUCUGUCUAUUAAGAUUACCUACUAAUAAAAAUCAAUUAACAGUCUCUUUAAUUAUAGUCAUUAGAAACGCUUCAAAAACACUCAAUUAUAUGUUAGUUAUAUCAAAAUACUAUGUGUCUGUAUAAAAAAGUAUUAUGUACGUAUGUGGACAACGUCGCAUUAUAUGUAUGUUUUUAAUUUAAUGUGCAAUGUAAUUAUCAUGUUGUAGUCAUAGACUGAAUGAUAGAUGUUAAUUCGAUGUAAUAUAUAUUUGUAUAUGUAUGUAUGCUGGCUGUUAGUAUACUGAACAAUAAAUAAAAUGAUUUUA